CUGCCCAUCCCCAUGUCCCACUCUAUCGCCCAAUCCACCCAUCCCACCCAGCCUCCCUCCCUCCGUCCCGUUCUGCUCAUUCAUUCCUUGCUUCACUGGUCGUCGUCUCUUUUCCUCUUCUUGUCCUUCUUGUCUUUCUUCUUUUUGUCUUUCUUCUUGUCCUUGUCGCGCCUCUUGUCGCGGUCGAUCCUGUCCUCAGGGUAGUGCCGCCGGUGCUCCUCAGAACGAAUCGACUGCACCACCCACCACACACCCACACACCACAUCACAGAGGUCCGCCCAAUCGGUCGGCCUGUCUCCCAUCUCACCCUCACCCAGUCGACCAGCGGCACAUCCGAGUCGUCCCCCUUGAUGGUGGUCAUCACCCUCCUGAGCAGGUCGUCGCUGAGCACCAUCCCGUCGCUCUUGAGCUCCUCCAGCGGCCUCGCCGUCGACAGCACACUCAGGGUGGUCGCCUCCCACAUGUCGGAGGGCGGCGGGGGACGCGACUCAAGGAUGUAGCGCUUGCCCUCCUUGUCUAGUGCGCGCCACAGCUCGUGUGAGAAGCGAGAGACCACCCAGCCGAGGCUGCGGUCCAGCAGCUCGGCAGCCACAAGGCGGACGUCGUGCAGCGUCUUAGUCUCGCCCGGCCUGUCCAGAUCGGGGAAUUCUGUUGACUUGAAGAGGUCGCCGAGGAUGGUGCCGUUGUCCUCAUGCCGCUGCUCAUGCCGCGCUGGACUUAUCGCAGCGUCAGCAGUCGGACCAGGACCAGGACCGUCAGCAGCAGCGCCGUCUUCUUGUCGAGUCAUGAGUUGUUGAGGUGGCAAAGAGGUGUUGACAGUGGCUGCCGCGGCAGGGUUGUGGUCCAUUUUCCCCCUUUG